GCCCCGAGCACUCCCCAUCCCAGCAGUCCCGUCCCACCUCAACGCUCUUCUCCCCUAGGUUUGCUCGAGUGCUGUGCCAGAUGUCUCAUCGGGGCACCCUUUGCUUCACUGGUUGCCACUGGCUUGUGCUUCUUUGGGGUAGCGCUGUUUUGUGGCUGUGGGCACGAAGCCCUCACAGGCACCGAGCAGCUCAUUGAGACCUACUUCUCCAAAAACUACCAGGACUACGAGUAUCUCAUUGAAGUCAUCCACACUUUUCAGUACGUCAUCUAUGGCACUGCCUCCUUCUUCUUCCUCUACGGAGCCCUGCUGCUGGCCGAAGGCUUCUACACCACCGGCGCCGUCCGGCAAAUCUUCGGGGACUACAGGACCACCAUCUGCGGCAAGGGCCUCAGCGCAACGUUUGUGGGCAUUACCUACGUCCUGACCAUCAUCUGGCUCCUGGUCUUCGCCUGCUCCGCGGUGCCCGUCUACAUCUACUUUAACACUUGGACUACCUGCCAGUCCAUUGCCAACCCCAGCAAGACCUCAGCCAGCAUUGGCACCCUGUGUGCGGAUGCCAGGAUGUACGGUGUCCUGCCCUGGAAUGCUUUCCCUGGCAAGGUGUGUGGCUCCAACCUGCUCUCCAUCUGCAAGACCAGCGAGGUGAGCACCUCCCGCCACACAGUGACUUCAUUUCAUCUCGUGCCCCUUCGCUCACUCUCUUCCCACCCACAGCUCACCUUCAUGAUUGCCGCCACCUACAACUUCGCCGUCCUCAAGCUGAUGGGCCGAGGCACCAAGUUCUAGCCCGUGUGGUGGAGCCCAGCCAGACAAACGCCCUUCUUUUCUCUAACCCCGAGGCUUUAACACUGCAGCCACCCGACACCAGGUCUCCUUCGUUAACUCUGCCUCCGCCGCUGACUCCCCUCCUCUUCCUCCCUCGCAUCCAUCCCGCUGAGCGUGACCAGGAAGGAGAGCUUCCCACCAAUGGACGUCUCUUCAUGCACUUUUCUCUCUCUGCUCAUCCGUAACCGGUUCGCUCUAGGGGCCCAUCAAAACCAGCCAGAGAAGAGGAGGGACUUACUCCAGUGUCCCGAUGUUGCCUAGGGAUGAGCAAAGGCCUUCAUGCUCUUGGGAGGAGGAAAUCUGUGUAGGUUGCUCCAUGAGUAGCAAGAGGCUACCUAGAGAGAAAAGGAAGUUGGCCCAGUCCUGGUACCAUUGCUAGAGACUCUCCUGGAGCUGUCUGCUGUCACCACCCGUGGAUGGAGAGUAAGAGAAGGAUUUUUAUUUUUCCCUUAGCAAAGAAAGAUGAACUUACCCCAAAUUACCUGCUGCAGCCAAGGCAAAGGGAGUUCAGGGCAAGGAUCUUCCCACUGCGGAGAAGAGAGUGCUGACCCCAAUGCUAAUAAAGCCCUAACCCAGCUGCUCCUAUUAAAGCCUAAAGGAGUUUGGUGUCUCUGUAGACAAGGGGGACUCUUGGCUUU